UACACUUGGUAUAUUUCCGGUAUCCGAUUGCGGUCACACCGGCGUCUUUUUCUUGUGAAAUUUUCUGUAUUUUGUUAAAAAAAUAAUAUAAAAUAUGGGUUCCUCGUCGUCUGGAAAGAAGCACAAGAAAGACAAGAAAAAUCGCCAUCGCUCGCGAUCGCCGGAGCGUCAGCGGCGCGCAACAGAGGAUGAGGAUGUCACCCUGGACCUCACCGACGACUCGUCGUCGCGGCACAGACACCACAAGCACAAGAAGCACAAGGAGCACCGCCACAAGCACCACAAACACAAAGAGCGCGAGCGUCCGAACGAGGUCAUCUCGCUGGAGGAAUCGGACUCGGAUAGUUCCGACUGCGUUGAGGUGCCGGUGCAGGCGCAGGAGCAGGCCAAGGUGAGGGAGGCCAAAGAAUCCUCCAAUCGUGACAAGGAGCGGGAUUCUGGACGCGAGCGUGAACUCCUAAGGGAAAAGGAGCGAGAACGUGAGCGGGAUCGUGAGCGGGAACGGGAUAGGGAUCGGGAAAAGGAGCGCGAAAGGGAACGGGAGAAGGAGCGCGAUAGGGAACGCGAGAAGGAGCGUCUCAGGGAUCGAGAGGAACGCGAAAGAGAGCGUGAGAAGGAUCGUCUCAAAGAACGCGAGAAAGAACGCCUUAGGGAGCGUGAAAGGGAACGGGAACGAGAACGGGAGCUCACAGCUCCACCACCACCCCAAAUCUCCAAACAUGCCGAAUAUGAGUCUAGACGAGAGCGCGAGAUCGAACGGGAACGAGACGCCCGCAAGCGAUCAGGCAGAGAACGUGAACGGGAACGCAAUCGGGAACGUUCCCGAUCCCAGUCGCCAUCGGCGUCGCGUAAACCAGCUAACAGGGAACGCGAGCCCUCCUCUCGGUCCUUCUCGCCCAUACCCGAAAACGGUGCCGGCGAUGUCCUGUCUAUAACAGAGACAAACAAGCUUCGCGCUAAGCUGGGUUUAAAGCCACUCGAAGUUGAUAGCGGUCCGAGCAAGGUAGGACCUCCUGCUGGAAGCAGUAGUCAAGGCGAGAGCAAGAAACCCCCUGGCGAAGCCGAUCUCUCUUCGUACAAAGAUGAGUGGGGCGAGUUCUUGCACAAGCCGGCCGACAACCUGAAGGAGAAAAAGGAAGCAGAGAAGCUGCGCGAGAAACUCAAACAGCGCAAGGAGAAACGUUUCUUAGAGGAGCGCCUGGCUCGCAUCAAAACACUGGGAGAGUCUGAUGAGGAAACUGACAAUGUGUCCAAGUGGGUGGAUAAGAACAAGCGGGUCGUCAACGAACGCGAAGAGGCGAAGCGUAAGGCCAAAGAGUUGGAGGAAUUGGAUGAGGCGUUUGGGGUUUCGGAGAUGCUGGAGAAAGAGAAAACCAAAGCCCGUCAGCGAGCAUAUGGCGAUAGCAAUCUAAAGGGUCUGCGUGUGGAUCAUGAUAUGGAGGAUUUCGGCGAAGGGCGCACUGUUAUUCUAACUCUUAAGGAUCAAGAUGUGCUUAACGAGGAGGAAGGCGACACUCUAGUCAAUGUGAACAUGGUCGACGAAGAGCGCUACAAGAAGAAUGUGGCCAACAAGAAGCAGAAUCCGCUCAGUUAUGGUUAUAACGUAUACGAGGAGCAAUACGAUGAAUUGGGCAAUCCCAUUGAACGUUCGGUGCUGGAAAAGUACGAUGAUGAAAUGGAGGGCCAGCCGAAAAAGCGCAAGAACUUUGUGAUUGGGGAGAAUAUGGAUGAGGAGCGGGAGCACAGACGCAAGCUCCUGGAAAUUAAAACCAAAUUAGCCGGCAAGCGCUUGGAAACCUUGGAGGACACCAAUCUGCAGCUGGCAUCGGACACCUACAGUGCUGAAGAGUUGGCCAAAUUUAAAAAGCCAAAGAAAAAGGUUAAGAAACUUCGGCAGAAACUUAAAGCCGAGGAUCUUGAGCCUUUAGCGGAGGCUGAAGCAUCCGGUUCUUCAAAUUUUGGUAGUCGAGGAGGACGUUAUCGCGAUCACGAGGAUGUGGAAAUGGAAGAGAUUAAACCAGAAGUUAAAGUAGAAGUAGAGGAUGAUGACUUGGAACGCGUUCUUGCCAAGGCUCGCAAACUAAAACAAAAAGAGAAUAUCAUUAAGAAGCCUUUGCCUGUCGACUUCGAAAGUAUUCAGCGGGAGGUAAAACCCGAACCUGUGGAGGACACCGCUUCAGGUGUGGUCCUUACUGGCGUCGAUGGCAACAUUGUAUUGAACGCUACAGCUGAGUUUUGCCGCACUCUGGGCGACAUUCCCACGUACGGUAUGGCGGGCAACCGUAAUGAGGACUCCAACGACAUGAUGGACUUUGACAAGACCGAACAGCCGGAGGAGCUCACUGAAACACUUACCGAUGAGCCUGCCCUGAGUCACGGCACCUGGAAUUCGGUCAAUCCCGAUGAAGUCAUGCAGCCUGCCGAUUUGGAUAAUCUGGGUGAAGACCUGGAAGAUCGUGCCAUUCUAGACGAGGAACCCGACGUGGGAGCUGGUGUAGCGAAUGCUUUGCGACUGGCGCUGUCUAAGGGAUACCUUGAAAAGGAGGAAAAGAACAGACCUAGCAACACAAAAAUGGCCCAUUUGCAGGCCAAAAACUAUUCCAUUGAGGAUAAAGCGGCUGGUGAGGACGACAAGGUUGGCCGCCGUGAUCGCUUCCACUUUGGACCGAUUACAGACUUUAAGGACAAGGAGACCUUCAAGCCCAAUGUCAAGUUGGAUUAUAUCGAUGACAAUGGCCGCAUAUUGAACCUAAAAGAGGCUUUCCGGUACUUGUCACAUAAGUUCCAUGGCAAGGGACCGGGCAAGAACAAGAUCGAGAAGCGUCUCAAGAAAAUGGAGCAGGAUGGGCUAAUGAAAACCAUGAGUUCAACCGAUACACCUUUGGGAACUCUGACCAUGUUGCAGCAGAAGCAAAAGGAGACGAAGACCGCAUACGUGGUGCUUAGUGGCAACAACAAAAACGUGCCAGGUGUCAGUGGCUCCGCAAUAGCCAAAUUCAAGUAGAUAAGGAGCAGGAAAGACAAGCGAUUUAACUACCAAGAUAUCCAUAACCAAAUGCAAUAGACACUUCCUAAUCCGCGUACUAAAUACUUAAGUUUAAUACUCCAACAUAUGCAUCCGGCCCAAAUAUGUAAUUCUCUUCAUAUUUAUUCAAAUACACUUUGGAUUUAUCUUAAAAA